UCAUGAGCGCCCUCUGGUGUGCUGCUGUGGCUGCUGAAUGACUUUCUGCGGUCAAAAGUGUCCUUAUCACGGUGAUCACAAGCCCCUGAUCUGCGUGAUCGCGUGCGCGUUAGUGAACUCUCCAGGGACGUCGCGUGAGGAAUGAGCACAGCAUGCCGCUGUUCAGUAAGAAAACCAACAAGUGCACCCGAGAUGCCAACGAGAAGGUGCCCUCCAUCGAAGAUAAGUACGUGCUCAAGGAGCUCCUGGGCAAGGGAGCCUUCUCUGAGGUGCGUGUGGCGGAGGCGCGCGACGGGUCGGGUCGACUGGUGGCCGUGAAGAUCAUCGACAAGAAGGAGCUCAAGGGCAAGGAGGACUCGCUGGAGAAUGAGAUCAGGGUGCUGAGGCGCUUCAGUGCCAAUCAGGGCAGCGGGCUCACGCAUCCCAACAUCGUGCAGCUGCUGGAGACAUACGAGGACAAGGUGAAAGUCUACCUCGUGAUGGAGCUCGUGACGGGCGGUGAGUUGUUCGACAGGAUCGUGGAGAAGGGCAGCUACACGGAGAAGGACGCCUCGGGGCUCAUCAAGCAGGUCCUGGAGGCGGUGCAGUACAUGCACGAGCAGGGCGUGGUGCAUCGCGACCUGAAGCCCGAGAAUUUGCUCUACCACUCGCCUGCUGACGACAGCAAAAUCAUGAUCAGUGACUUUGGACUGUCGAAGCUGGAGGAGUCCGGCGUGAUGGUGACCGCGUGCGGGACGCCCGGCUACGUGGCGCCCGAGGUGCUGGCGCAGAAGCCCUACGGCAAGCCGGUCGACCUGUGGAGCAUUGGGGUGAUUAGCUACAUCCUCCUAUGUGGCUAUCCACCCUUCUACGACGAGAACGACGCCAAUCUGUUCGCGCAGAUCCUCAAGGGCGACUUUGAGUUCGAGUCGCCGUACUGGGAUGAGAUUGGCGAGAGCGCGAAGGAGUUCAUCAGGCAUCUCAUGUGUGUGGACGUGGAGAAGCGCUACACGUGCAAGCAGGCGCUGGCGCAUCCCUGGAUCUCCGGCAACACGGCCAGCAGCAGGAACAUCCACGACACUGUGGCUGAGCAACUGAAGAAGAACUUCGCCAAGUCACGCUGGAAGCAGGCCUACCACGCGGCCACGGUGAUCCGGCAGAUGCAGCGGAUGGCGCUGAGCAGCAACGGUGCCGGGAGUGCCUAAUCGAACACUCUGAUACUCUCUUGAGGAUUCCAGAUUUUAUCCAUGACUAGCUAGAAUAGUGCCUUUCAGGCUUCUCCUGCAAAUUUUACGUACCUACUUAACAUUCCUUGUCUCUCUGGUAAAUGGAGAUCUGAUUGUAAAUAUAAAGCAUGGUUUUUCAGCAA